AUGGCUCUGGUAGAAGACACCGGCGCAGGCGCCGCUGCCGACGAUCCUGAGGCACUACUCAACGAGUGGCUUGGCGAACUCACUGUUCUUACAGCGGGUCUAAAUGCGUCAAGUGAAGUAGCCACUGCAUUGCGACCGUUGGAAAUCGUGGCGCCUCGUAUAGACACAUACAGGUUUUCGAUGGCGAACCUGGAGGAGACUCAAGAUGCGGACUUGGAUGCCAUUCUUGGAGAGCUUUGUGCACUCGAUUCAGAAUAUGACGAAGAAAUUUCGAGAGUAUCUUCAGAUUAUUCUACUCAAUCCAAAGAAAGAGGUGAAGGGGAAACUUCACAAAGACAAGAAAAUAAAGAAUGUAAUGAUGGAGCUUCUACAAUCACUCGCACUGACUCCCCGGAUAAUGAUUCUGCUUUUAGUGACACGGUAUCCAUGUUAUCUAGUGAAUCAUCAGCUUCCAGUAGUGCAAGCUCUAAAUGUAAAGCCAUCAAACUUAGCUUACUUCCUAACCAAAAGGAUGCAGUUUUUCAACAGAAAGCGGACAAAAUCAAGUUAGCUCUUGAGCGCAUGAGAGAAGCUAAUGUGAAGAAAUUAUUUAUUAAAGCAUUUUCUAUGGAUGGUUCUUCAAAAAGUCUACUAGUUGAUGAAAAAAUGACUUGUGGUUAUGUAGCAAGACUAUUGGCAGAUAAAAAUCAUGUUACAAUGGAACCAAAGUGGGCCAUCGUGGAACACCUGCCUGACCUUCACAUGGAACGAGUAUAUGAAGAUCAUGAGAUGCUUGUUGACAACCUGAUGCUUUGGACGCGAGAGUCAAAGAAUAAGAUUCUAUUUGCAGAGAGACCUGAUAAGAUGUCACUGUUCCAAACUCCUGAGAAGUUCCUUCUCACUGAAGAUGAUAGAGGUUGGUCGAGUGAACAAGACGAACAUUCACGUCAAGUGAUAAUUGAAGAGUUCUUCGGGCAAAGCGGGACUUCGAAUGUGCCCUCUAUUUCUGGACACCCCGUCCCUCCUAUGGAAGGUCCUCUAUACUUGAAAAGUGACGCCAAAAAAGGAUGGAAGAAGUACUAUUUCGUCUUAAGACCUUCCGGACUGUACUAUUUACCGAAAGAUAAAGUGAAGACAUUGAAGGAGUUGGUGUGUCUCGCGACGUUCGAUACGAAUGAAGUGUAUUUAGGAGUUAAUUGGAGGAAAAAAUACAAAUCGCCUACAGAUUAUUGCUUCGCAAUAAAACACCCGAGGCUUCAACAGCCGAAGAGCGUCAAGUUUAUAAAGUUCCUUUGCGCCGAUGAUCAAAGGACACUCGAGAGAUGGGUCACUGCUAUGCGAAUAGCUAAGCAUGGCAGGCAACUGUUAGAGAACUACCGCUCGCUAGUAGAAGAACUGACCCAAGAAGAUUUAGAUCACUUGGCCCACGCGCGCUCUUGCUCCAUAACAUCGAUCCCAACGAAGACUAAUGGCGUGGCGCCAGUGGGGGUCAACAACCCCGCGCCAGUCUCCAGUAAUGCUAGUGUCGCCAACUCUGAUAUCAGCAGUGGCAGACACUCCCGCGCCUCUUCGUCCAGUUCCAGUGGAUGUCUGUCAGAUGGCGGCACUGCAUCGGAGAGUGCCUUCGAUUGCGAAUUUCCUAUGGGAACAAUAAAACGCAAGCCAUCAAUGAAACCAAACAUCCCGUUGACAUGGAUGACCCGACAGUUGAAGGAAAUGGUAGAAAACGAAGGUGACGUAGACAAUGGCGAUUCCGGCACACUCACCAGGCGGAGCAGGCCACGAGAUGACUCUACACUCAAACGACAUCACUCUACCGCUACAGAAUCUUCGGAAACUGCUAUAUAUAGUACUGGAAGUAUCACCUCGAGCACUAGCCCCGUGCGACAUGAAGAACCCUCAUCCUCGUACGGCCACUACGAGACCAUCGCAAGGGACCCCUAUCGCAGCAGUGUGGACACAGCCUCCUCACUCUACGGAUACACUAUCUAUGAUAAAACACAACAGCAGUGUAUAGCCACAGUUGAAGACUUACCUCUACCUCCUCCUCCCACCGAUGAUGUCACUGAUGGAAUGUUCAGCUCGACCCUAAGCCUGGACUCGUUGCCCCCACCCCCGCCUCCCCUCGAACCUAUCGAGGAUAUUUCAGGGUCACAGCUCAGCCUCCCCCCACCACCCCCUGAACAUACUAUGGAAGCUCACACCGGCCGCGUUCAGGAUAUUGUAAGCCAGCUCACUGCACAGCAGAUAGAACAAACUGGCCGUGCGGGGCAAAGAAACAGUAACCGCAUCUCAGAUCCGAGCCGGUCGUUCCCGAGACAACCUUCCCUUGACAGUGUCAGCUCUGAAGCGUCUAAAACCUCCUCUCUACAUUCGGAUAAGAGCAUAUACGGGCAACAGAAUGUCGCAUACGGCGCUUGUCUAGUCGAAUUACAAACAAAGAAACUCAGCAAUGGCAGCCCCUCGCUACAGAAAAAAACAAUAGAGACAGACGGACGGACCAAGGAACGAUCUAGCUCCAUGAAGAAGGUAAACUUUGCAGACGAUCUCCCAACGACCGCGGAAAAGAAAAACAAAAAGAUCUCCUUCAAUCUAACAGACGCGCCCCCGUCGCCACGCAAGCCGCCGCCGCCGAAACGCAACGAAAGCACGCGACUGUCCUCACCGAAAAAGCUUGCCGAUUCCAACAGCAAUCCUCCCAAAGAGUUCCUCAAAGAUUUGCAGAGGGUGAUGAGGAAGAAGUGGCAAGUGGCACAGAAGUGCAAGCUGGAGCCUGCGACGACGCCGCACGAGGUGCUCGGCUUCCGGGAGUACCCGCUGUCGGACGAUUACAAGGAGACCAGCGUUUCGAUGUGGGUGCAGGAGCACUAUGGAGCGGGCGCGGGGGCGGAGGACCCCUUCUACGAGAAUGUGUUCGGACGGGAGGCACCGCCGCGACGUGAGGAGCCCAAGCCGAUAAAGAAACGCCCGCCGCCCGCGCCGCCACGCCGCAGCGACUCCACGCACCUAACCGCGCAGCCCACCGCU